UUAAGGCGAAACAAAAAUAUUCUCGAUCCGGUAACAAAAAAUUACCUGUUCAAUGUCGCUGGGAAAAAUUAGUUGAUCAGCGCCAGUGCCGUAAAUCCCUAAUGACUGAGUGGAAACUCUUUAAUUCCGACUAUUAGGUCCAAUACGGUUUUAUAUAAACUAACAACUAUCAAUAAUGGCGCUUAGUCCUCUGAUACGGUAUAGUUGCUGGUCGCAUAUAGCCACAAAGAUGCUUGCCGGUGCUGUCACCUCAAACACAGGACCUGCUGUCAACACACCAAUCCCAUCUUGGUCAAUGUCAACACUAGAAGCAAGAUUAUCAGCUGAUGUCUCUUCUUUAACUGAAAAAGCCAAGACUCUUGAUUCACUGUCACUGCAAAAAUUAAAUGGUUUUCACUCUGUCCAACCAAGCCUGGUACAAUUAUCUGGAAGACAAAGAAGAGAUGUGGAAGAUUCAACAUCUAAUGUUCUGUUGGAAUUAUCUUCAUCUUUUGAUCUACUCUCAGUGGUGGACCAAGCUGUCAGACUGCCGUCUUUUGUGCCAAAGGCUCCAGUCAUGAUACCAACAGCUGUGCCUCUGACGUCUCUGGAUCUGCCAUGCACAAACGACGCUGUCAAUAACGUUGUGGAGCCUUAUGAAGACCUCCUGCCUAGAAUUCUGCCCUCUGCUCAGAGCGUGGACAAGAUGGAGUGCAUCAACAUGGUUCGCAUGAGGCGCAAGAAGAUGAAGAAACACAAGCGCAUCAAGGAGCGCAAGAGGAACCGUGUGAGCCACGAGCACCGCAUCCUCAUGGAUAUCAUUAGAAGGGAGAAGAUAUUCAUGUUGGAACAAACAAACCGCCUGAACGAAGUUGAACAAUUCAGCGCCGAGCAAUACGUAGCCGACAAGAUCAAAAGCUACAGGCGGCCCAUCCCUAAAUACUGGAACGGCAAGAGGCUCCCCGAGUCCGUGGUUAUUGACCUCAUGCGGAAACAAGGCCUGCCUGUCCCAGGCCUUGACGAUUAAGAGGAAUGGCUUCAGAGGUGGUUUGAAGAUUCGGCGUAAGGACUUCAAAUGCAGAAUAAAAAUCGUAAAUAGACAUUUGUAUAGUUGU